CCCCCUCUUCGAGGGGGGGAUUGGGAUUGACAGUAAAACAGGGCAGACGGACGGAGGCAGGCCUGGAUGAAUCUACCUUCAGCCGACCAGACGCACAGCAGACCACUGGUUGUAUUGGUGAUGAGCUAACCGUCUUCAGAAUCUGGUCAAGCUUGUUUUAACCCACAGUCGAAGGCUUUAAAGAGGCGGGUGAGCCACGGUCUGCCAUCCUUUCAGUCAGUCAAUCAUUGCAAGAUGAGCCUCAACGUCCCGGGACUGGUGGUGACGGUGCUCUUCUACCUGAUGGUGCUGGGCACCGGCAUCUGGGCCUCCAUGAAGUCCAAGAGGGCGCAGAGAGACAGCCAGGCUGACCGGACAGAGGCUACUCUGCUGGGAAACAGAGGGAUCCGCCUGGUGGUGGGAGUCUUCACCAUGACAGCUACAUUUGUUGGAGGAGGCUUCAUCAUUGGCCUGACAGAGGCAGUGUACACUCCGACCAUGGGUCUGACCUGGGCUGUCAUGCCAGUAACAGCAGCCAUGUCUUUCAUUGUGGGUGGACUUUUCUUCGCCAAGGAGAUGAGAGACAGAGAAUAUGUGACAAUGAUGGAUCCGUUCCAGAUCAAGUAUGGAAACUUAAUAAGUGGAGUUCUGUCUGUGGCACUGAUUAUAUCUGAUAUAAUCUGGGUGACAGGAACUCUUAUCGGCUUAGGUGCAACCAUGAGUGUGAUCCUGGAUUUUCCCUAUGCUCUUUGCAUUUGGAUCUCUGCAGCAGUAGCCAUCGUCUACACACUGCUGGGAGGCCUCUACUCCGUAGCCUACACAGACAUCAUACAGCUAACUCUCAUAUUCUUCAGUCUGUGGCUCUCGGUCCCCUUCAUCUUGACGAGCCCCCAUUCAGUUGACAUCACCAAGACCGCUUUCAACUUUACCUACCAGGCCCCCUGGAUUGGGGAAGUGAAAAAAGAAAGAGCAUGGAGGUGGAUUGAUAAUUUUCUAAUAUUGGCUUUAGGUAACCUGGGAUAUCAGGACUUCCACCAGAGGACACUGUCAGCUUCCUCAUCAGCCACCGCCAGGCUCACCUGCUUUCUUGCAGCUCCCCUCAUCUUCAUACUUGGAAUCCCGCCUGUGUUGAUUGGAGCAGUCGCAGCAUCCACAGACUGGAAUAUGACCUCAUAUGGCUCCCUGUCCCCAUACGAGCGAGGAGAGGCCGGCCAGGUUCUGCCCAUUGCUCUGCAGCACCUCACCCCAAACUACAUCUCCAUUAUUGGUAUUGGAGCUAUAGCUGCUGCCGUUAUGUCAUCAGCAGACUCAGCUUUACUGUCCGCUGCCUCCAUCUUCACAUCCAACAUCUACAAGAACAUCCUGAGGACCAAGGCAUCAGAUAGGGAGCUCCAGUGGGUGAUCCGUAUCACUGUGGUGUUGGUGGGCUUGGCCGGCACAUCGCUCACCUUCCUGCACAACAGCAUCAUGGUUUUCUGGAUCCUGGGCUCAGGCAUAACUUACACCAUCAUGUUCCCUCAACUCAUCUGCGUCCUCUUCUCAAACAUCUCCAAUGGCUACGGCUCCAUCAUGGGCUUGCUAGUUGUGGUGUUGAUGAGAGUGCUGAGUGGCGAGCCUUCGAUAGGAUUGCCAGUUGUUCUCCACUUCCCAGGUUGCACUCUUGAGGAUGGCGUGUAUGUCCAGCACUCUCCUGUUAUGACUAUUUGCUCGUUGUCAAAUAUCUUUGCCACUUUGUUAUUCUCCUACCUGGCUUCACUGCUCUUCAACAAAGGUCUGAUUUCCGAAAGGUGGGAUGUAUUCAAAGUGAAAACCCACAAACCGCCACAGAAACUAAUGUUAAUGAGCAGUGGCACCACCAAACCAGAUGAGGAGGAGAAACCUGAAGUUCAAAAUGAGACUGAGUUCAUGCUGACCACAAAACAACAGGACUGAAAGAGAAAUGAUUUAAAGGAAUGCAAACAUGUUUUUUUUAUAAAGCUACUGUAAAUGAUCAUGUUUCUAUUUUUAUACCAAAUACUUAAUCUUUAUUAAAUGAUAAUCUUUGCCACGGGAUUAUGUAAGAAUGCAUCACUCGCAACAAGUGCAUGUGUUAAUGAAUUAGUAAUAAUUACAUUGGUGUAUUAAUUGAAUUAUAUUUUUUGGGGGUUUGAUUAAUAGAGCCUGAUGGCUUUUGUAACUGGUGCAUAAUAACGACGUCAUUUUAUGUGUAACUAUCAAACAGUACAAGCCCAAAAAGGCCGGGAGGUAAAUAAAUGAAAAUGUAAAACUUUGUGUAAAUGUGCAGGAUGAAUGGAUGAGUGGAAAUGCAGGAUAAAUCUAUAGACCUACGCCUCCCUCCCUUAUGUUGUGACAUUUAUGCCCUGGGCCUGUUAUGGUCAGUAUGGAAGUAGUGGUACUGCAGGUAUUUACCCAAUUGUAACCAUUAGUUUUUACAGCAUACAUUGUACGACUUUUAACAUGUUACUGAUAGAAGGUACUUACAUUAUAGGUGUGUUUUAUUGAUCAAAACACCCAUCCGGUGACAGAAAUACAACAUGAAACACAGAUAGAAAAAUAAAUUAGUAUUAAGUUUGUUGUAUUAUGUUUUGAUAUUUAGGCCUUUGUUUGAUUU